GGCCCCGCGCGCACAUUGGUUCCGGCGCGGAGGUCGGGGCCAUAGGCGCCGCGCGGCCGGCUGAUCGCGGCUCGCGGGGAGCAGCGUCGCCCGGGCCCGCCUGCCGGCCGCCGCCGCGAUGAUUCCGGUGUCGCUGCUGGUGGUGGUGGUGGGCGGGUGGACUGUCGUCUACCUAGCCGACUUGGUCCUGAAGUCAUCUGUGUAUUUUAAGAAUUCUUAUGAAGACUGGCUGGAAAACAACGGAUUGAGCAUCUCCCCCUUCCACAUAAGAUGGCAGACUGCUGUUUUCAAUCGCGCCUUCUACAGCUGGGGGCGGAGGAAGGCGCGCGUGCUUUACCAAUGGUUCAAUUUUGGAAUGGUGUUUGGCGUGAUUGCCAUGUUCAGCUCUUUUUUCCUCCUGGGAAAAACGCUGAUGCAGACUUUAGCACAAAUGAUGAAUGACACUCCCUCUUCCUCCUCUUCCUCCUCCUUUUCCUCUUCCUCUUCCUCUUCCUCCUCCUCUUCCUCCUCUUCCUCUUUCUCAUCUUCUUCGUUUAACAAUGAGCAAGUGCUACAAGUUGUGGUUCCUGGUAUAAAUUUACCCGUCAACCAACUGACCUAUUUCUUUGCUGCAGUCCUCAUUAGCGGUGUUGUACAUGAAAUCGGACAUGGAAUAGCAGCUAUUAGGGAACAAGUUCGCUUCAAUGGCUUUGGAAUUUUUCUCUUCAUCAUUUAUCCGGGAGCAUUUGUUGAUCUGUUCACCACUCAUUUGCAACUUAUAUCACCAGUCCAGCAACUCAGGAUAUUUUGUGCAGGUAUCUGGCAUAAUUUUGUCCUUGCACUCCUGGGUAUUUUAGCUCUUGUUCUCCUCCCUGUAAUUCUCCUGCCAUUUUACUACACUGGAGUCGGGGUGCUUAUCACUGAAGUGGCUGAGGACUCGCCUGCCGUUGGACCUAGAGGCCUUUUUGUGGGAGACCUUGUCACCCAUCUACAGGAUUGUCCUGUUACUAACGUACAAGACUGGAAUGAGUGUCUAGAUACCAUCGCCUAUGAGCCCCAAAUUGGUUACUGUAUAAGCGCAUCAACUUUACAGCAGUUAAGCUUCCCAGUUAGAGCGUACAAGCGACUAGAUGGUUCAACUGAGUGCUGUAACAAUCACAGUCUCACAGAUGUGUGCUUUUCCUACAGAAAUAAUUUCAAUAAGCGUUUGCAUACCUGUCUACCUGCCCGGAAAGCAAUUGAAGCCACCCAAGUUUGUCGAACCAAUAGAGAUUGUCAGAAAGCCUCAAGUUUCUGUAUAAUACCAUCUUUGGAAACUCAUACUCGCUUAAUUAAAGUGAAGCACCCACCUCAUAUUGAUAUGUUAUAUGUAGGACAUCCACUGCACCUUCACUACACAGUGAGCAUCACCAGUUUUGUCCCACGUUUCAACUUCCUAAGCAUAGAUCUUCCUGUGGUUGUGGAGACAUUUGUCAAGUACCUGAUAUCCCUCUCUGGAGCUCUGGCUAUUGUUAAUGCAGUACCCUGCUUUGCUUUGGAUGGACAGUGGAUCUUAAACUCAUUCCUGGAUGCUACCCUCACCUCAGUGAUCGGAGAUAAUGAUCUCAAAGAUCUGAUUGGAUUUUUCAUUUUGCUUGGUGGCAGUAUACUUUUAGCUGCCAACGUCACCUUGGGACUCUGGAUGGUGACGGCGCGGUAAUGUCUACAGUCAGCCUGACAGGGUCUUUGAGUUUCAAUAGACAGUAUUGAAAACCUUACUUGAUAUAAAAUAUGAAGUGUGUCCUUAAAAUUACAUUUUAACCAGCAGUUUAAAUCUCUUCCAAUAGCCUGAGUAUGCAGUCUCUGAACUCUGAGGUGGGGGAAAACACAAAGUGAAAGGCGUAGUUCCUAACAACAUUCUUGUUUUAAAUACUGAAUUUAAAACUCUAGGUACUUGGGGAACUGUUUCUAAACAAGUGUGAAUUCAUGUGAAAUCAUUUUGUGUGACACAUGUUGGCUAGUAUACGAGAGAAGAUAAUGGGGAGGGGGAGGGAGAAAUUGGUGGAAACGUCUUGGGAAAAAAGUCACUCGUCCAGAGUCGAAGAGCAGACUUUGGCUCAGUGGAGGGGUGACCAUUUUCUCGGCCUAUAAAUUCUUGUGGUUCCUCUUGCUUGAAAAAUAUUUUUAAAUUUUGAUGAUGUAUUCUUUUGUACUCUUACAAGCUGAGUUCUGAUUCCAGAUAAAUGAAUGAAGUUCUGUACAACGAAUCCAAUGAUGUCAAACAUCUGAACAACGUCAGAAGUAGGACCUGCAAUAUCAUGAGACUUCCUUUGCUCCACAGAGCUGCCUCUUUGCUAAUGUAACUCGAUACCCUCAGCCAGCAGCAUCAGCCGUGACCUUCAGAGCCAUUUGCUGCCAGGGACGCCGCCUGUGAACUCAGGCCUUCAGGGUUGACCCUCAGAACUGAGCCGGGUCUUCUGGUGCAUCACAGGACCGUCUGCAAUCCUGCUUUUCGUUCUCCACAGCUCUGUGAACUUUGAGUCUUCCAAGGUAGACAUUUUCUCUUGUGCUGCUACAGCCAUCUGGGGCCUAGCUCCUGGUUCCUGUUUUCAAGAAGCAAUUGCCUGAAGCCCUCCCCGUGGUUCUGGGCGUUGGGUUACCAAACACCUAGUCCAUGCUUCCCGGCUUUCCCCUACGCUACCUCUGCGGCUCCACAAGAAUGGUUACACAUGUGUGCAAACCUGAAUUUGCCAAGCCGGGGAACUUCCUCUUGGUGUGAAAGAACCCUUUCUACUUCCAGGUCUUUUAGACCAAAGCUGCCAUGCCGGGAGGUCUGGGAAGCGCGCAGGCGACAGCCACAGGCUGACCAGCGGGCCCAGCUUCGCUCGGAGAUGCGCCGUGGUCAUCUCUGUAAGGCUAUUCAGUGGCUCUCUAGACACUAAAGCUUCCCCCAUCUUUUUUGGGGAAACUCUCUAGAGUAAACUGCAAAUCUGCCUGCCUUCUUAAAUAUGAAUUACACAAUGACUAGAAUGUUAACAUUUUAUUAAUGAUGCUGGGUCAUCGGAGGUGACCACUACUGCAAACAUACACGUCAUUUCCUGGGGAAAAAAAAAAGGGAUUUGUUCUCUUCUUAAUCGUUCAGGAUCAAAGCAUAUUUAGCAUAGGAAUGCUCACAUCUGCUCAGGUAGUCUGGGGAAUGCCAUGAAAUACUCAUAAUUAAGUCAAUGACAUGCGCUAAGCAGUUUACUAAUGAAAAUGUUGUGUAUAUACAGGUCAGUUGUGUGUUUUUUUAACUGAGAAAAAAAUUUUAAUAGGGGAAACCUAUCAUUAACUACUUUUUCUGGAUGAAAACAUAAACAACAAAUCACCUCAUUUUCCUGUUGCUGAUAAAUAUCUUGGUUUGUCUCCAUAGAGUUCGGGUUUGGGGACCACUCUAUUAGGAUAUUGAGCACAUCAGUCUCAUUUGUAUAGAAAUGGCCUCACAGUGUAAGAAAGAAAGCAUUAUGUGUUGUCUCUCAGCUUCAUUAUGAGCACUUCUAGAGCAAAGAUGUGUCCUACUCACCUUUGCAUCCCUGGCCCAGUGCAUGAGACUUUCUGCUUAAUAAAUGUGGUUGAAUGAAUGAUGAUUAGUGUUAUUUAUGGAUUAGACAAGCAUGUUCCUAUUUAAGUAAGCUGUAAAAAUGUACUGAGUAUUUACUGUAAAUAUAUGUUAACAUAAAGAAAUAACUUGGAGAGUCUUUGUGUCCCUGGUAUAUUCCCAUCUUUAUGAAAUCAAUUCAUUUUUAUUUCUACAGAAUGAUAAGAAACAUGAAUUGUCUUGAGGACUUAAAGAGGAGUGUUUUCUGUGUUGUUACUUUGUUCAAGAGUAAAACUGUAUUCUCAGUGUUCCUAUUCUGCAUUGUUUACAUUUUUGAGGCUUUUGAAAAAUCAUCAGCAAUCUGUAAAGAAUGUGUGUAUUAUUUUCAGCAGCUGUUUGAAAAAGACAUGCAGUUAAACUUGACUUUUUGAUCAUUGCUCUUAUAGGUCAUCGUUCUAGCAGUCUAACAGUAAAUUGUAAACAUGUGCUUCAUGGCUAUGUGGCUGUCAGUCAUCAUUUGUCUUAUGGUAUUUAUUGAAUGUCCACAUACUAAUGGUGCACGGGUAUUUUUUUUCUAUAAAUCUUUUAUCUGUGUUGUGAUUCAUUCUUAAGCUUUAGAUUGGAAAUACUAUAGUGGCUGGCAUUUGAUGUUUAGCAAUAAAAUAAUAAAUGUGGA